AUGCCCCGCGCGCCCGGGCUGUGCGCGCUGUGGCUGUGCGCCGCGCUCUGCGCCCCCCCGUGCGCCCCGCAGCCCAGCCCGGGGCCCGCCGCCUGCCCGGCCCUCUGCCACUGCCAGGAGGACGGCGUCAUGCUGUCGGCGGACUGCUCGGAGCUGGGACUCUCCGCCGUGCCCGGGGACCUGGCCCCCCUGACGGCCUACCUAGACCUGAGCAUGAACAACCUCACGGAGCUGCGGCCUGGCCUCUUCCAACACCUGCGCUUCCUGGAGGAGCUGCGUCUCUCUGGAAACCACCUGUCACACAUCCCAGGACAAGCAUUCUCCGGCCUCUACAGCCUGAAAAUCCUGAUGCUGCAGAACAACCAGCUGGGAGGGAUCCCCGCCGAGGCGCUGUGGGAGCUGCCGAGCCUGCAGUCGCUGCGCCUGGAUGCCAACCUCAUCUCACUGGUCCCGGAGCGGAGCUUCGAGGGGCUGUCCUGCCUCCGCCACCUGUGGCUGGACGACAACGCACUCACGGAGGUCCCUGUCAGGGCCCUGAACAACCUGCCUGCCCUGCAGGCCAUGACCCUGGCCCUCAACCGCAUCAGCCGUGUCCCCGACUUCGCCUUCCAGAACCUCACCAGCCUCGUGGUGCUGCAUCUUCACAACAACCGCAUCCAGCAUCUGGGGACCCACAGCUUCGAGGGGCUGCACAACCUGGAGACGCUAGACCUGAACCACAACCAGCUACGGGAGUUCCCAGUCGCCAUCCGGACGCUGGGCAGGCUGCAGGAGCUGGGUUUCCAUAACAACAACAUCAAGGCCAUCCCAGAAAAGGCCUUCACGGGGAACCCUCUGCUGCAGACAGUGUACUUUUAUGAUAACCCCAUCCAGUCGGUGGGAAGGUCGGCGUUCCAGUCCCUGCCCAAGCUUCACACACUGUCCCUGAAUGGAGCCGCAGACAUCCAGGAGUUCCCAGACCUCAAGGGUACCACCAGCCUGGAGACGCUGACCCUGACGCGCGCCGGCAUCCGGACGCUGCCGCCAGGGAUGUGCCAGCAGCUGCCCCGGCUCCGAGUCCUGGAACUGUCCCAUAACCACAUCGAGGAGCUGCCCAGCCUGCACCGGUGUCAGAAGCUGGAGGAGAUUGGCCUCCAGCACAACCGCAUCUGGGAAGUGGGAGGUGACACCUUCAGCCAGCUGAGCUCCCUGCGGACGCUGGACCUGAGCUGCAACGCCAUCCGGUCCAUCCACCCCGAGGCCUUCGCGACCCUGCGCUCCCUGAUCAAGCUGGACCUGACAGACAACCAGCUGACCACACUGCCCCUGGCCGGGCUCGGGGGCCUGAUGCACCUCAAGCUGAGAGGGAACCCGGCUCUGUCUCAGGCCUUCUCCAAGGACAGUUUCCCCAAACUGAGGAUCCUGGAGGUGCCCUACGCCUAUCAGUGCUGUGCCUACGGCGUCUGCGCCAGCUUCUUCAAGGCCUCUGGGCAGUGGCAGGCGGAGGGCUUUCACCUUGAGGACGAGGAGGCCCCGAAGAGGCCCUUGGGCCUUCUGGCCGGAAGAGCUGAGAACCACUAUGACCUGGACCUGGAUGAGCUCCAGCUGGAGAUGGAGGGUGCAAAGCCACACCCCACUGUCCAGUGUAGCCCUGCUCCAGGUCCCUUCAAGCCCUGCCAGCACCUCUUCGAGAGCUGGGCCGUCCGCCUGGCCGUGUGGGCCAUAGUGCUGCUGUCCGUGCUGUGUAACGGGCUGGUGCUGCUCAGCGUGUUUGCCGCCGGGCCCGGCCCCCUGCCCCCGGUCAAGUUUGUGGUGGGCGCCAUCGCAGGAGCGAACACCUUGACCGGCAUCUCCUGUGGCCUCCUGGCAUCUGUCGAUGCCUUGACCUUCGGCCAGUUCGCUGAGUACGGGGCCCGCUGGGAGACAGGGCUGGGCUGCCGGGCCACGGGCUUCCUGGCCGUGCUGGGGUCCGAGGCCUCGGUGCUGCUGCUGGCUCUGGCUGCUGUGCAGUGCAGCAUCUCGGUGUCCUGCGUCCAGGCCUAUGGGAAAGCCCCGUCCCUGGGCAGCGUGCGAGCCGGGGCCCUGGGCUGCCUGGCGCUGGCCGGGCUGGCCGCAGCCCUGCCCCUGGCCUCGGUGGGGGAAUACGGGGCCUCCCCACUCUGCCUGCCCUACACCCCGCCCGAAGGCCAGCCGGCAGCCCUGGGCUUUGCAGUGGCUCUGGUGAUGAUGAACUCGUCCUGCUUCCUGGUCGUGGCCGGCGCCUACAUCAGGCUGUUCUGCGGCCUGCCGCGGGGCGAGCUGGGGGCCGGGUGGGACCGUGCCAUGGCGAGGCACGUGGCCGGGCUCGUCCUCACGGACGGGCUCCUCUACUGCCCCGUGGCCUUCCUCAGCUUCGCGUCCGUGCUCGGCCUCUUCCCAGUCACCCCCGAGGCCGUCAAGUCCGUGCUGCUGGUGGUACUGCCCCUGCCGGCCUGCCUCAACCCCCUGCUGUACCUGAUCUUCAGCCCGCACUCCCGGGAGGACCUGCGGCGGCUGUGCACGGGGACCCCGGGGCCCCUGGCCCACGCAGCUGCCCGCGAGCUGGAGAAGAGCUCCUGCGACUCCACGCAGGCCCUGGUGGCCUUCUCCGAUGUGGAUCUCAUUCUGGAAACUUCCGAAGCUGGGCGGCUCCCUGGGCUGGACACCUAUAGCUUCCCCUCAGUGACCCUCAUCUGCCAGCAGCCAGGGGCCCCCAGGCUGGAGGGCGGCCACUCUGUAGAGCCAGAGGGAACCCUCUUUGGGAACCCACAACCCUCCAUGGAUGGAGAACUGCUGCCGAGGGCGGAGGCAGCCAUGACGGCCGGUGGGGGCCUGUCGACCAGUAGGGGCGUCCAGCCCCGGGGCUCAGCCCUCGCCUCACGCUUAUAAACGUCCCUCCCAUUUCUUCGCUUCCCUCUCCUUCCCUCCAUGAAUGAUGGCUGCUUGUCAAACAGAUUUGACCCCAAUUCAGCAGCGUGGCCGUAGCAGGAUGUCCCAGGCCCGGUCUACACGGGUCUCUGCACUUGGCAGCUGUCGCCAGGGUGCUUCCGGCCUGGUUCCCUCCAGGCCUCUUCCCAGUCACGUCUGAAGCUGUGGACCAGAGAUCUGGAAACCUGCCUGCUUAAGGGAAGAGAGGGAAACCCAACACAGUGCCAGGCUCGUGCGGGAUCAGGGAAUGACGGCAGGAGGCACCUACAAGGGGACCGCCACAGGCCUGUGGGCAUCUGCCCGCAACUCCUGGGUGGCACAAAACGUGCUGGUGUCCCAUUCGUCCUGAGAUGUGCCAUGCCAAAAGACUGUGUAUUACGAGCUUGGGAAGAUAUGACACACCACGUCCCUUCUUACAGGGCCCAGUGCAUUGUCGUGCAGGGAAGGCUCUGAGCGUUCCUGCAGCAGUAAAAUUGUUGGCCUGUUUUAAACCCAGUUCCCCAAAUUAUUUAACGGCAGGUUUUGUUUGCCUGUUUGGUUUUCGUGGAGUAUCUGAGAACGUGUCACAGAGUUCCCUGCUGUCCCCCACCGGCCUCAUCUCCGUCCCACCUGGCACUGCCCAGUGACCCCCGCGGGAUCACACCAGUCCCCGAAGGCCCUGAUCCCAGCUCGACCUGGGCAAAGUGGGUGAGUCAUCUACCAGAAGGGACUACACGCUGCUGUCCACUCCUGCUGUCCUUCCCCAGGAAGGAGGGGACGAGCCUGUCGUGGUGGGACCAGCCUCAGCCGCCAGACACUUCUGCCCUCGGUAAGAGGGGGGCUCCCGGCCCCGGGCAGGUGUGCACAGGCGAGCCUGUGGUUGUCUGGCUUCCCUGUUUCCCCAUCACAUGCUGCGUCUCGCCGGAGCCUGAAUGUGGUGCUGUCGUUAGGUGGGAUGCUGGAGUCAGACAGGUCCAGUUUGGGGCCAGACUGCCACUAAGAGCGGCUCGUCCGUGGGCUUGACGUAGCUUCAUCAUCACACAGCGGGGUGAUGGCAGGGCCUAGACCCUGCAGGCUCCGGAAACCCCUGGAAGAGAGUUGUCAUGUAAAGAGCCUAGCUUGGUGCCUGGCACGUGAGCACGUGGGAAACGUUAGCCGCUCUUGUUAUCACUUACCUAGCUCCACGCGUGCGGCCGUCUGGGGCCACCUCAGCUUGAGGAGGGAACGGAGGGUCCUGGGGGCUGCUCCUGAGAGGAAGGCGGGCGCCCGGCGGGGUGCCUGGCGGCAAGGCUGUGUUCAUGGGGACACCGCUGAUGCUAUGAAGGGACCGCGGGCCGUGAGGGAGGAGCCUCCCUGGUCCCCUUCUGAGGUCAGUGGGGGAAAGGACGUUCCCCAGAAGGGACCGCUGCCCAACCUGAAGCUGUCCAGACUGUCUGGACAGAACCAGAGGAAGCCACC